GAUGUAUGGUCGUUUGUCUCAUUGCUUUAAGAAACCUUUGAGUACAAUCUCAAUCAUAGAUGAAGUCUCAUCAUUGGUUAACCAUUUGCUUUUGAGUCUACCACCCCAAAGUCUUGGUGGUCCAUGGAGCAAAGAAGAGAGUAUGAACUUGUGCUACACAUAUGCGAUGCACGUUCUUGGGAUGCUCAAGGAUGCUGUGGGGAGAAACUGCUAAGCAGCAUGAUCAAUGUGGCUUGAGUUACCAGUAUGAUUUUUUUACCUUCACCUUACCGGUUUUCUGCAAUGUAAAUGGUCUUCUUACUUCCAGAAUUGUCGCAGACUUCCUCACCCGGAAAUGGCAAUGUGCAAAAAAGGCGUUGCAUUAUUUUCGGAAGCAUAAUUGAGACUGCAGGUGAUGGUAGAUCAACGCGCAAACCCACGCAUGGAAAUUGAUCUGUGAACAUUCAGCACAAGAUGAGAGUCAUGCAGCAGGCGUAAAAGCGCAAUUUGCUUAAGCAAGAGAAAUCGCAAUGAUGGUUUUGAGCUGUGUCAAUAGUAAGGGCUUUCCAGAAGAAAACUAUAUAAUGAGCUUAAGAAGCUGUGCGGCUUUCCAUUUACUGCAAUUGUUGAGCUCAUGGAAAACGUCACCAUCAAUUUUCGAGCCUGGUAGCAUGAUACGUUCUUCUGGAAAGUGCUAAGAUAUUCUCUAUUCUUGACCAGAACUAAUUCCUGCGUUUCGUGAAUCAUUCAUAUUUACAAGAUCGAGUCAGGCAGUGAGGUAUUUCUUUGAAGGCGGGUAUUUAGUAAAAGCGAUAUCAUUCAUUUAUUUUGAUUCAGCGAUUUUGUUCGUGUAUUGUCCAGAUUGAAACGGAAAUCGAUCCUGAAAUUAAGCUUCAAGCAGACAUUCACGCGUUGAUGUCCCAAUUGAUUGAAAAUCUCGGUGUUAGCAAGUGGCCCGAAGUCAUCGAUAGACGCCAAAAGGCAAGGAUAAUCAGGAAAGAACUUUUGGAAGAUGAGAAGAAAAAAGUCCAGAUGGAUCCAGCUCACAAAGUGGAUCCAGAUAUUGAGUUACAGUACUACAACGCUGUGAACGAUGUCGGGAUAUCAGCCUGCCAGAGAAAUGAAUUUCUGCAAGCUCAUGUCGACUUCAGCCAAUGUUACGAGCAAUACCAGAAAUGGGGCAAUGAGCAAACGCAUGCACUCGAAUAUGCAAAGUAUUACCAUAAUAUGGCGUAUGUACGUAUGUAUGAGGGCAAGUACAAAGAUGCAAUCGACCUUGCCCAAAAAGGUGUGGAUCUGGUUGAACCAGGAACAGCUAGGUAUUGCUGGUUUCAGUACGAUCUGGCAUGCAUUAUACUGCAAUCUGGCAAUCCGCAACAGGCGCUCGAACUUCAUCUAAAUGUUUUGAGCCUUGGCAAAGAAAUAUGCGGAGGACGCAGCAGCUUUUACCUUAUGAGCGAGUAUACUGUAGGUGCGAUGUAUCAUCAUAUUGGUAACUUAGAACUAGCAGAGUACGUAUAUGUUCUUUGCCCCAAUACUAUCUGUUCUUGAUAUGUCGCUAAUCGAUUAGAAAAUACAUACGACUUUGCGUAAACAAUGCCGAACAAUAUGGAUGGAAUAGAGAGCCUUUAUCGCGAGCUCGAUUACAUCUCGCUCGUAUUCUUAGAGGGGUUGAUGAAAUUGGUUUGCGCGACGAUAUAAGAAGAUACGAAAAGAUGCUCGGAGUGCUCUCGAAGAAUUCUUGAAGCUCGAACUCCCAGACUAUUUGAAGGGAGACAAAGAUGAGCUAGCAAUUUUUGAUAACUUUCAGGGCGUGUGGAACGCCAGGUUCACAGGUCGUCUAUUACUGAGGUAUAUCCAAGACCACCAUGGUAUUGUGAAUGCCACUUGAAGAAGAUUAGAGUGAUAGGGAACGGAUUCCUUGGUUGUUCAGAGCACAAUAUUUUGUCAAGUAAGCGCAGUUUUUUCAUUUCCUACUAUACACAAUUCUGGUUUCAGCGCAAGCACUUAUGGAGCGCCGGGCACGAAAAUUUAAUCUUAGGAAUAGCAGGCAUUUUUACAUUAAAGCAACCAAAACAAAUAUUGGUAUGAUGAAGACCAGCUGUUUAUGGAAAAUAUGUAUUCCGGGCAAAUUCUCAAUUCUGACUACAAAAUUCUUGAAAAGAAAAACUUUUAGUUCAGCAGCACUGGUUAUGCUCGAACUGUGCUCCCAAAAACUUCUGAAGGCAUCCCGAUAUAAACAACAAAAGUUCCGUUCCAUCGCUUCAUGAUCACUUCACUACUAGAUGUAGAACCCCUUCAUCUAUUCCUUAUGACGACUAGCCCAACCAUCGAAUACAAAGGUUUGCGGCCCUUAAGUCGGGGAGUUAGUCAGCAAUGCAGAAAUAUUGGUAUAUUGACACCAACUACUCAAGCAGCUAAAGUCCCUUCUGCAGCACACAACGUCAUUCAGUCUUAUAAAAGAUGGACAAGUCCUCCCUUACGGCGAAAUCAGGGCCGUCCACUUCAUCCCUCAAUUUCGUCCAGGGCUGAGCACGGCUAUCCUGAGUUUUGGCUACUUGAAUCCAAGUGAGCGGAGCCGCAGAGCUUUUCGUGCACGGAAUGCUGUUAAUAUUUGAUUCGCUCUCGUGAUUGCUAGUGAAGUUGAUUCGUCCGUCCGUAUUGGAUUGUGACUGUUGAAUUGUAGAAGUAGCAGCCAUGACCUGGGCCAUUUAGGAAAUAUCAGGGGCAAA